GGCCUUUUGGGGGCUGUGAUUCUCCACUUUCAAGUUUUUUUCUGAGAGAUGGAGAGAAUGCAGGUGGUGGAUGUUCUUCCAGGAGUGCAGGCUCAGCCUUCUGCCCGGAUGGAGCAGCCCAUUAUGUGCCGGGUCUGAGAGAUGGCUGAAAAACCCGGGAACGAGCCUGAGGCGGAGUGCCCGGUCUGCUGGAACUCAUUCAAUAACACUUUCCGAACCCCCAAGCUACUAGACUGCCGCCACUCCUUCUGCAUAGAAUGCCUGGCCCACCUGAGCUUGGUGUCCUCCUCGAGGCACCGGCUGCUGUGCCCCCUCUGCCGCCACCCUACGAUCCUGGCUUCGGACCGCCCGGUGACGGAGCUGCCCACAGACGCUGCGGUCCUGACCCUGCUGCGCCUGGAGCCCAACCACAUCAUCCUGGAGGGCCGGCAUCUGAGCUUCAAGGAUGAGCGCAAGAGCAGGUACUUCCUGCGCCAGCCCAGGGUCUACACCCUCAACUUGGACGUUGAGCCAGAGAGCCAGACCGGCCCAGCCCAGCAGGGGGCAGCGCCCCCUGCCCCUGUGCCCGUCCCUAGCCACUUGUCCCUGCGCGAGUGCUUCCGCAACCCUCAGUUCCGCAUCUUUACUUACUUGAUGGCCGUCAUCCUCAGUGUCGCCAUGCUGUUAAUCUUCUCCAUCUUCUGGACUAAACAGUUCUUCUGGGGUGCAGGAUGAGACUUGGACCACGAAGCCAAUCAAUACAGGGAGUUCUGGGAGGGCCAGACUAACAUGGACAGGGUACUCCUGGGGAGAACCCCGAUCCCUGCCCAGGACACACCCACACUUUCCAGAUGGAUGGGGAAGGUGCCGAGCCCAGAACUCCUGCCCUUCUGCAGCGUUGGGUUCAGCCCCAAUCCAGAAGGCCGUUGUCUAUUUGCUGCGAAGGAGACGUGAGACAGCGGGCUAACAAGGGAUCAGGGUGCUAUUUUUCCAAGGAUGCGGAAAUGGGAUUCCAAUUCUUUGUUGCUGGGGGGCGGGGAGAAGGGAAGGAUGAAGAAAGAUGUAGGUCCAAAAGUUACUUCAGAAGGCAAAUCAAUCCUGGUUUCCCUAUUAUAGAGAAGCCGGCUAGUAGUAAAAGAUGGAGGCACCCAGCAGCCUGUAUGCUCUACAACUUGGCUUCAGACCCCAAAGUAAGUCACCUUCUCCUUAAGCCCCUCCCAGCUUCAGUCCUAGUUGUUCCAAGUUAUUUUCUGAUAGAUUUCUAAAAAUGUGUCAGGCAAUAAAGUUAUUAAGCACCUACUAUAUACCAGGCACUUUGCAAAAUAUUGGGAAUACAAAGAGAGUCAACAAUCCCUGCCCUCAAGGAGUUUACAAUCUAAUAUGGGAGACAACAACAAAUAUGUGCAAAUAAGUUAUGUACAGAAUAAAUGAGAAAUUAUUAUUAGAA